CAGCUGUCAAAAUCAAAUCAAAUCGUAACAGAAAAUAACUGUUGAUUGCAAGUGCAACAAGCACUGUGUUUGGAAUGAAUUUAACACCGUAAAAUAAGUGUAGCAAGUGUUUUUAAUUGAUCGUACGCAUAGAUAAUAUUAACAUACGUGUAAUGCGGCUACAAUGGCAUUCUUUAACCCGCGUUUAAGUGUUGUGAGUGGUGUUUUCUAUAUAACCUAAAUCAUAGUGCUUACAUCCGGCCUUACUGGCUUCGCUGAACAAUCCUUACAAAGGGAAUUGUUCAGCAUGGCUAACGUCGCCCCUUUAACCGACGCACAAUUUGCGGAGAAGUUACGACGUGAAAACCUAGAGCAAUUCAUAAUCUUGGUGAGAAUGCACUUGUCAUUUGUACUGGAUUUAACAACAGAUGAGAAUGAUGCAUUUGUGGAUAAAACCAAGAUGAAGAAGUGGAACCUAGUACCAUUCAAGAAGUCAAAAUGCAGAGGCAUCAUGGAAGGUGCUCCAUUGACUCAUGAAGGCAUUUGUCAAGUGUAUCAGUUGAUAGAAUUUUUAAAAAGGGAACCAAAUAUUUGCAAAGAAGGUGUAUUCAGAAGAACUGGUUCUUUAAAUAGACAACAUGAUUUAAGAAGUUUAUUAAAUCAAGGCACUACACUAUGUUUAGAGGAGGGUACAUAUAGUGUUCAUGAUUGUGCUUCAGUUCUGAAAGGUUUUCUAGCUGAAUUGCCUGAACCAUUAUUGUCAGAAGCACAUUAUCCUGCUUACUGUCAAAUAUCAGAUUUGUGUGAAUUAGGCACACCAGCCCAGGAAGAACGCCUUCUACAAGCACUCCAGUUACUUUUACUGAUGCUCCCAUCAGAAAAUCGUGUCUUACUCAAAGAUGUUUUAGAAUUACUUCAUUUAACAGCAUCAUACGAGGGCCACAACAAAAUGUCUGCCGACAAUCUGGCAACCCUCUUCACACCGCAUCUUCUUUGUCCGAGAAAACUCUCGCCCGAAACUUUGCAUUUAAAUUCCCAAACGCUUUCGGGCAUUAUUUCGUUUAUGAUCAAAAACGCGACUCAACUGUUUGAAAUUCCUCCGAAACUCGCGGUUGAUAUCAGAACUUACAUUCAAGAACGAGAUAGACGUAAAGCUCUCUCGCCGAAUAAAUGUUUCAAUGAAUCAAUUAGCGACACGGCGAAUACGGUAUUUAGUUUCGUUGAUCACGAACGCACCGCCAAAGAAAACCAAUCGAAUCCGACUGAAACGGCACUUGCUCAAUUAUAUGCCCAUAUUCAAAGUUUACCAGAAUCAUCAAAGAAACGUAAACUUGUUAAACAAUUUAAUAAGGAGAAUGGCCACGGCACACCGUUGCAAGUCAUCCGCAGCGGUGUACAGAAAAACAAAGGUUUGGGUGAUUCCAUUAAGAAACACCUUUUUCAAAAGGGCCUCAUCAAAAGCGUGAAGAAAAACGGCUUUAUCCAAAUGCGUUCCUCCAGCGAAGAAAUCCUCAAUAGUCCCCAAUCGAACGGAUCGGCACGCGGACGCUUAUUUUGUGGCAACUGUGACAAUUCCUCGGACGCAAGUACUGACGAGACUCUUGCGAAAAAGUUGCGCAAGUCCAAUCUGAGCACGGAGAAUCUGACCAACAACGAAACUGACGGACAGACUGUACACACCAACUCUGACAGCAUCAAGCGCAGUUUAAGCGAGCCUGAAUUGAGCACUGAUGAUGCUCUGCGCAAUACUUACUUGACCAGUACGCCCGCAUGUGUACCUUUGCGCGAUAUUCCCGAGAUUGUGUUUACGCCUGAGGACCAGGACAGGAAGAGUAUGUCGCCCAUCACGAGGUCCACGCAGCGCAUGUGCAGAGCUAUGCAAGAGACAAUGAUGACACCGCGUAGCCGAAAACCAGUGGUCGUCGUUUCUGGCACAAAUAUUAACACACUCGCUGCGUUUGAUAAGCCGAACCUAAUGGAUAAACUCGCCGAAGAGACAGACGAGAAUAUCCAAUCCGACAUGGCGACGUCGCAGGAUGACGGCUCUCUUGCGAGUAACUUCCGCCAGUACCUACAAAGUCGCAGUUUAUUGAGCGCCUCGCCCACCGAUCUCUCCUUUUCCAGCCGCACCGAUGACUACAGCUCUACGUCCAACUUCAAAGACAUCAGCGCUAGCAAAAUGACGGCGUCGCUAUUACAAUGCAUGGACGGGCACGUGCCGGACAGCUCGAUGGAAGAGGAGAAACAAUUGGUGCUAAAACCGAAGCAGUAUAACGAGCAGGGCGAGCCCAUCGUGUACGAAACUUCGUUUUAGGAGUAAGUGUACAUAGUUAUAGAAAAUCUUUUAAUCGAAGCGCGAAUUAUCUCAAUUCUUGGAGCGUAUAUUGUAACAUAAAACAAUCAAACGGACGCGGUACCGAUCCAAGAGUAUGGUGAUCAUAUUACAGUAUUUUUAAGUUAUGUAACAGAAAAUAAUCUAUAAACUUAUAUAUUCUAAAACAAAUCGUCAUGCGUUAGGUCUUGCAUCAUUUGCAGGCCUCUUUCUUUUAACGCGUUUGAGAGGAGUUUUUGUUGUUCUUGUUUCUGUUCCUGUUCUUUUCUUUGUGCAUCCAGGAUGUCAUCUACAGACACUUCUUGUAAAGGCAGUCCUGCUUCUCUUUCCUCAUCCUGCAUAAAUAAUUUCUGUCAGAUAACAGAAACAAUAAUGUAAGAAGAAUAAAAUGCACUUACAAUUUCACCCAAUAGUACUACAUUUUCUCCUCUGACAAUAAAAACUCCUCUUGGAAUAUCACCAUAUUCUUUGCCAACAUGAAUUCUUUCUAUGGUUCUGUGUAGAACUAAGUUGGCGAAUUGAUCAACGCUGCGCAAAUAGCCUAUUAAUGUGCGACCAUCCCUCAAUAAUACCAUUAGUUUUUCUAUAAAAAAAGAAGUGCAAAUAUUUUUGGUUGUAACUAGUUGACAGACAGUGUUUUGUUUUUACUUACUAUCCAACUGAUCUAAAAGAUGUGCAGUUCCUUCUAAUUCAGUCUUGAUAUUCAUUGUGCCGUUAAAAUAUUGAAAAUAGCAAAUCGCACGAGAAUACCGAUACUGUUUUUGUAACGGCAAAAGUGUAAAAACAUGGGUAGGUUAGAAGUUAGUGAAAGCCCGAAGUAGGCAACCGUUACAACAUCAUUUUCCUCUGAAUAAUAUAGUAGCGCUUAUUUUUCGUUCUAAAGCGAAUUUUUUUAUAAGGUUUUUUUAGUUAUAUACCAAAAACAAAUGUUAUUUAUUUUUUGUAUGAACUGAAACAAAAGAUUCAAGAAGUUUUUUAAAGGAGAUCUGUCGUCAUCUAAUGUGGAAAUAGCGUACUAGGCGGUUCAACCACCUUAAAUGUUUCCAAACUUGAAUGUCAUCCGACGCUGUCAGAUUCGUAACCAAAGUUUAUUGCAAAACACAAAUACAGUCCGAGGUUUCUACGAAAUCAUAGCAUCCGCACGGGCCAAACUAUGAUAAUUGCCCAAAUCAUGACUUAUGCAUGAGAUUAAUCAAUCACCAUCGCCGUCAAUGCUGCACGGACGCUCUCGGCUCACUUAGACUUUAAUCACUCACCCAAGGAGGCAAACAUGUUGAAGG